ACAGCUUGCCUAUAAAAAUAUGAGUGAUUACCUGCUGCUGUAAGGUGGUGCUAACUGUCCACAGGAGCGAGCCUGCAUUAAUCAUGAUGUGUGCCAGCUCAUGCGAGCCUCUGCAGAAAGAAGAGAAAGGAUCUUGAGUUUCCUGCUGACGUCAGCGAGGACUAUAAAAUGAAUAGGUGUUUUGUGUAAUGAUCACAAGUCCCUGACAAGCACAAUGCGGAGCAGCUCAGGUUGACAGUUUGUUUGCAGUUCCCUGGAGAAGUGAAGUGCUUUUUUAUGAGCUACUAAACUGCAAGAUGCUGCCGCAAAGGAAACUUGCCUGGUCUGAUAGGAAGAAGAAACCAAAAAGUGAAAUGAUGUCUGGGAAAUGCGGAGCAAACCAUGGGAAAGUUUCUUAUUCUGCAAAUCGUUUCCAUAAAACAUCCAGCUGUAGACCACAUGAAGGGAAGACGAUGUCAUCUGGUGAGGUGACCUCUUCCAUUCUGGCUGUACGAGGUCCCUCAGGAACUGGAAGGAUGCUCAAGAAAAAUGCUGUAGUCCAAAAUCAGUUCCUGCCACCUAUAAUUUCAAUGGGAACAGACAGCUUCAUAUCCAAGCAGCCCAGUCUUCUCUUGAGUGAGACUCUAUCCAGGGUACCUGUGCAAGAAGAGGGGUGGAGGUCAAGUGGAUGUUCAAGGAACCCAGAGAAAGAAAGCCUUCAAUCUGCAAAUCAAGGGGAUGCUUUCAGACCAGUUUCUUAUCCAGGUUGUGUAGUAAAUCUUGGCUGCUGGGAACUCAACACCUUUGGUUUAGAUGACUUAGGUAGGUCACCAGUAAAGAAGGCUGAGACCCCAGACCUCUAUGGAUCAUGUCUCCUGGUCCUUACUCCCAGAAAUGAUGGUAAAGACACCAAAGCCCAACAGGUUCCUGACAGCCUUAGAAGGACAGUUGGCAAGUCACAGAAAUGUCUUAACUGGAGCAAGGCCACCAGGAAAGGUAUUUCUACCUGGAGAAGCUCUGAGGAACUUACUAUUGGGAAGAAGGGUAUAGAGAAACAGUCUUCUGGAGACUCAGCCUUUGGAACUUAUACCUGGAGUGAGAAUGCUGAGGUGGACAUAGAAUUAGGGUUUGAGAUGAAUAUAGGAGAAACGGACCAAUACACCCAUCAGAGGAUUAUUAAUUGGAUUGUACAAGUCAAUGCUGCUUUAUUUUCUCCUACCUCUGAGACCUUGAAAUGUCCCCUUACAGAACAGGACACCUCCAUUAAAAUUGUUUAUGAUGGAGAUUGAGAGACAAAAUUAUGGACCUACAGAGUGAAUCAAAAGUCAAGGACCACAUCAGUCGUCUCCAACCUGCAUUGAAACUACAAAUCCUAGCAUGUAGGAAGUUGUAGCUUACAAAAGCGGGAGGACACUUCGUAAGACCAAUGUGUAUACCUAUGACUUUUCUUACCUACCCUUCUACUGUCUUAAAUACAACACAUUUUGAAUGUGAAGGGGGUUAUAUUCCCGAUUUUGACUUUCCCAGUAUUUAUGUUCGUGUGUAGAUAUAAUAAUAUUGUAUAUAUUGUAGUCAUACAGUACUUCUGCUUAUUGAAGAUCUUGUCUGUUUUUCUGUUUUAGGUAAAACCUUGUCAUAUCAUAUACUGUAUAGAGAUAUAAUAAGCUGAUAGCAGGAGUAGAUCCCAAACUGGAUAGCCCUCCAUGGCUGCCCAUUUUUGUAU